AUGCAGUAUACGGUGUUUUUUUUAGCAUUUAUUACCUUGGGUACACCAGGCCAGUCAUUCAUUGCAUAUAUCGAUACUGGAAGUGCAACGUUAUGGAUGCCGGAUUCUACAUGCCUUAACGGUACUGCAGAACAAUGUGGUGAUUUCUGCCAGCUUGUGCCAGUAGAUACUUGUACAAAAUUCUGUCUGAAAAAAUGUUGCCAAUCGGCAACUCAAAAAGCAAUAAGCAAAUUUCGUGCAUCCGGUGGCGGAUGUGCAACAAAAAAUCGUUUCGACAGUUCCAAAUCUUCUACAUACGUCGCUGACGGUUCAGGAUUCUCGAUCACCUAUCAAACCGGCACAGUCACCGGUUUUCUUGGCUCAGAUACUCUAUGUAUACCUGGCACACAAUUAUGUAUAAAAAAUCAGAAAUUUGGUCAAGUAACAAAAAUUGGUGGAGGAUUUGUGAGCCAACCAAUUGACGGUAUCCUCGGUUUAGCUUUCCCAUCACUUGCCUACGAUCAUAUAACACCACCAGUGUUCAAUGCAAUUAAUCAGGGACUUCUUGAUCAACCAAUAUUCACUAUAUAUAUGGGUCAUAAUGGUCCAACAGUACAGGAAAAUGGUGGAAUGAUCACUUUUGGUGGUCUGGAUACAGUUAACUGCGCUCCACAAGUUGAUUAUGUUAACCUCAUUUCAGCCACCUAUUUCAUGUUUAAAAUGACAGGCGUUGCCGCAGGAAGUUAUUCGAUCAGCGGUAAAUCUUGGAACACAGUAUCCAUGACAAGUGCUGCAUACAUUGGCGGACCAAAAGCAGUAGUUGAAAAACUUGCAGCUCAAGUUGGAGCCAGAUACAAUCCGCAGUACCAGUCCUACUUCAUCGACUGCGAUGCUGUCUCACCAGAUGUUCAGUUCACUAUCAACGGGAAACACUACAAUAUAACAGCAACAAACUACAUCGUUGCUAAUGGACCCGGUCCAUGUAUGUUCUCGUUCUUUGGAUCACAAGGAGGUGGGUUUAUGCCGACCUGGAUGUUGGGUCCACCAAUGAUCAGAGAAUAUUGUCAGGUUUACGACGUCGACAAAGAACGUUUAGGAUUUGCAAAAGCAAAAGCAGCUAGCGCUUAA